UUUUCAUCCUAUCAGUACCGUGCCCUCCUCACUCACUCCAGACAGACACAAACUGCUAGCUGACAAGGAUUUUCCAUGGCUGCAAACUCUCAGUGUGUACUUCUUGUUAUAUUGCUUAAUUUUCUGACAUUAUCACUUGGCACUCAAGAUGACCUUAUGAUCAGUACAAGCGAUGGGAAAAUUCAAGGGAAAUUGCUUUCUGUGCUGGGUUCGGAUGUUAGAGCCUUUCUUGGAAUUCCCUAUGGAAAACCACCUGUUGGGAAAUUAAGAUUCAGAGCGCCAGAGCCAGUAGAGAAAUGGGAUGGUGUGAAGGAUGCUACCAACUUUCCAAAUUCCUGCUACCAGAUGCCUGAUACAGCCUUUCCUGGGUUCAAAGGUGUAGAAAUGUGGAACCCAAACACUCCUCUGAGUGAGGACUGUCUGUACCUCAAUGUCUGGUCGCCACGUUUCAACAAAACGCAGCCUGCACCACUUGCCCCUGUCUUUGUCUGGAUUCAUGGUGGUGGGUUCAUCUCAGGAACAUCGUCAUUGGACAUUUACGACGGCCGUUUCCUGAGUAAAUCUGAAAGUGUUGUUGUGGUAUCAAUGAAUUACAGAUUGGGAGCGUUUGGUUUCCUGUCUCUUCCCGACAACACAAAUAUCCAGGGUAAUGCAGGCCUUUUGGACCAACGCCUGGCUCUUAAAUGGGUUGCAAAUAAUAUUGCAGCUUUUGGUGGUGAUCCUUCUAAGGUUACUCUGUUCGGAGAAAGUGCUGGGUCUGCAUCUGUUGGCUUCCAGCUGCUCUCGCCGGGCAGCCAGGAUCUUUUUCAAAGGGCUGUGAUGCAGAGUGGCUCCCCCAAUGCAUACUGGGGCACAAUUAGUCAGACUGAGGCCUGGGACAGGUCUCUUAUGCUGGCAAAACUUGUGGAUUGUCCCUCAUCUCCUGCAGCUCGUCUAGAAGCUUGUCUGCAGCAGGCUGAUCCUCAAAAAGUCUCAACCAAGCAAUUUGAGGUUCUCACUCAAUCGUCACUAUUAAGUCUUCCCUUUAUGCCUCAUGUUGAUGGGAACUUCUUACCAGAUGCAGUUGAUGUACUUCUAAGUUCUGGUAACUUUGCAAAGAAAGAUGUGAUGUUUGGUUUAAAUAAGGAUGAAGGGACAUAUUUUGCUGUUUAUGCAGUCCCUGGAUUUAAUAACACCGGUCAGAGUCUCAUCACUAGAAAGGAAUUCUUGGCAGGAGUGACGCUUGCAAUGGAUACUGCGAGUGAUGUCAUGAGAGAUGCAGCCAUUUUCCAUUACACGGAUUGGACAGAUGUGGACAACAGGGUGAAAAACCGUGACUCUGUAUGUAGUCUUGUUGGAGAUCAAAUGUUCAUGUGUCCAGUGCUCGACUUUGCUCACAGGGUCGUAAACACAGGAAGCUUACAUCAAAAGAAGCAGAUCUUCCAGAUAGGAUGUAUCUGCAAUAAAACAUUACAGCCCCCCCCAUCCAGAACCUCGAGAAUCUGGCUGUAUCCAUGCUGCCCUCCUGCUGCUGUUGAUCUCUUUGAUUGAGGCCAGUGAUCAGCUGCAUCCCUCUCUACAAUUGUUUGAAAUUAUUCAACUGGAGUUUGGUUUCCAGCUUCUCUCUGUAGGUAUCUUUACACUUUCUCAGCCCUGCCUUUAGGUCAUGGUGUAGGUUUCUCAACUUGUCCUUGUUCCCAGGCCUGAAGAUCCUCUACUUUUCAUUCAGCAUGUCCCAGUAUGCAGUCUCACUGGCUCCCUGACUCCAGAAUUCUUCUCACAGGCUUGGUGGCAACAGGAAGUCUUAGAACUGCAAGAACAUACUGAGAUGUUAACAGGACCUGGUUUUGGUCUGAUCUACAUAGUUGGCAAGGGCAGUGGCUUUGUAUACAUCCUGCAUGUUUGCGUGCAGAAGAUCCAAAGUUUUAUUUUUUCAUGUUUUGACCAGAUACUGCUUUAAAGUUGGCAUAGUGGAGGCUAGAUAUGGUUGAAACCGCCAGUGAUGGUGAUGAAAGGCUCUGGGGGUUUAUGCUUUAGGUCAGUGAAAGUCCCGUGUGUGAUGUCACAUGCUGCUGACCCAUUAGCUGCUACAUAAACACGUAUUAAUAUAGCGGAGAAUUCUCAUCGUAGAUAACAUGUCCUGGAUUGCAUCACCAUUUAUUAACAAACACUGCAAUCUCUCCAUCUUUUCUUCUUAUUGCUCAGCUUGGCGUCUUUGUCAGCCAAACUAUGAAAAAGUCUGAUACUGUGGUGGUGUGGUCCAGGUACCUUUGUAAAGCAUAAUACACUGCGCUCCCGAUACUGCCGAUUACUCUGAUGCUUUACCAGUUAUCCACUUUUAAGAGACCUCACAUUCCCCAUGACGACCGGUGGAAAGGAGGGUUUAUGUUUCCUUCUCCUUGAUUAUAUUCUUACUCUGGCCUGGCACUGAUUACGUCACCUUUUGAGUUCCUGCAGGAUGACCGGUCUGGCUACAGGCAGCAGUGUUGUGUUUUUGAAAGUGCCAGAUCCUGAGUGUGAGAGUGCCAGGUCCUGAGUGUAUAGAAACACAGAGCCAUUCCACUCAGUCUUACCCCUCAUCAUGACAAAUAUAAAAAAGACAGUGAGGACCAUAAAAUUACAAAAAAGACGACUAAGGUCUAUAGUUUGUAAAAACUGAAAUCUAAAAAAAAAAGACAAAAAGGACACUAUGAAUAAAACCGCAAAACACACUUAACUACGGAAGCUGCUGCAACAAACCACAAUUCUCACAACAUCUAGAGACUAAGAACAAGAACAAGACUCAACUCUUAUGUUCUUGCGAUUAUUGCAAACAAAUCCUGACAAAACACUGACGAAUAGAGCUGGUUUAAAGAAAUGCCACCUUACUAAUAGUUUAAAGACCCCCGGAGAGCAGUCAUUUUGGUUUUCUACCUUAGACCCCC